CCUAAAUAAAAACAUUUCACGUCUAACCGAAUCACCAAAGUAGCUAUAAACUAUAUACUAACUAUGGCCACACAAGGAAUAGGUGCUUCGGACUUGGACACCGAAUCAGUGGAAGUGCUGCGAGAACGCUUAAGCACCAUGAAACGUUUAAUGGCCGAGCGAACAGCACAGCAACAGAAUAAUCCAGCAUCAACCGAAGAGAUUUUCUCAACCAAACGCCAUCGGUCUGCAAACAUCAUCGAUGGAAAUUUUCUGAGUAUUGCGUUUGGCGGUGCUUUGCUAGUGAUUGUGACGGUUUCGGUGUACGCCUUCUACAAUCUUUAUCAUGCCAUACUCAAGAAGUUCCCUUCUCAUCACGAGGAGUUGUAAUAACGCUCAAUACUAACGAAUGUGUAUUAUAUUAGUAUGAAUUUGUGUUCAUUUAAUAAAUAACGACACCGCCCAGGCGGUGGUUAAUAACGACAGUAAAUGAAA